CGCCCUGACGGGCCUGCAGCUCCCACAGCCCUACCUGGCUGUGACCGGCCGCCGACCCUGGGCUCCCGCCUUACACCGACACCUGCGCGGCUCCCCGGGCUGCCCGCUCUGCGGCGCCUCGGGUGUGGAAGGGAGGCGGGGCCCGGGCUCCCUGGGUGCGGCGGGGAUGAGGAGCGGACAUGGCGGCGGCCGGUGGCGUCUCCCCGCUCCGCUCCUGCCUGCUGCGUCUGCGGAGAUGGCGACCCCCGCCCGCCGGCUGCAGCAGCAGCAGCUGCUCCCCGCGCAGAGCCGCCAGUGAUGAAGCAACCAUUAUCUCAGGGACUCAGCUUGCUAAACAAGUCUAUAAAGAAGUCCAGAGGGAUGUAGAAUCAUGGAUGUCCCUUGGGAACAGGAGACCUCAUCUCACUGUGAUUUUAGUAGGAGACAACCCAGCCAGUCAUACAUAUGUAAGAAAUAAGAUGAAGGCAGCUGCUGCUGUAGGCAUUUGUAGUGAGAUAAUAUUGAAGCCUAAAGACAUUUCUGAGGAAGAACUUUUAGAUCUGACCGCCAAAUUAAACCACGAUUCAAGAGUUAAUGGUAUAUUAGUCCAGUUACCUCUUCCAGAUCAUAUAGAUGAACGAACAGUCUGCAAUAUUGUUGCACCUGAAAAGGAUGUGGAUGGAUUCCAUAUUAUCAACAUUGGACGACUGUGUCUUGAUCAACCUUCUGUAAUACCUGCCACUGCUGCUGCUGUUUGGGAAAUUAUAAAAAGAACAGGAAUACAAACAUUUGGAAAAAAUGUUGUUGUAGCUGGAAGAUCUAAGAAUGUAGGAAUGCCUAUUUCAAUGCUUUUACAUACAGAUGGAGAACAUGAAAGGCCUGGAGGUGAUGCUACAGUGACAAUUACUCACAGAUAUACUCCAAAAGAGCAGCUGAAGAUCCAUACCCAACUAGCUGACAUUAUAAUAGUAGCUGCAGGUAUUCCAAAGUUGAUUACAGCUGAUAUGGUUAAAGAAGGUGCAGCUGUGAUUGACGUAGGCAUCAACCAUAUCCAUGACCCUCUGACAGGGAAAACCAAAUUAGUAGGGGAUGUGGACUUUCAAGAGGUAAAGAAGAAAGCUGGCUUUAUCACUCCAGUCCCAGGAGGAGUAGGGCCUAUGACUGUGGCCAUGCUCUUGAAGAACACGCUCAUUACUGCUAAAAAGCUCAUUUACUAGAGAGCUUCUGCGACACUAAAAGAUGAAUCCAAGUCAUUCUAUUUAUUGAUACAUAAAACAUUUAUUUUUUACUACAAAUAUAUUUAUUUCUACAUUGUAUUUAUUUUUUCAUGUAAAAUAUUAUGACUCUGAUGAUGAUUUACAAAAUGUUGCAAUACCUUCUGUUACCUCCUGCAGCUGAAUUGUGAGUAAAACAACAUGCAGUCAUAGCUUUCACAUGUGCAUUGUUGUUCUGUGGGUCAAUCUUGUUUAUAAACAAAAAUAAGGACUAAGAUGCUUUUGAAAAUUUUACUCUUAAGUCCUAUUUUCAAAAGUGACUUAGUCAGUUAGGACCCUAAACGUCAUUGAAAGUUAAUGAAGCUUAAGCUCCUAAAUGCUAAAUCGCUUUUUGAAAAUUGAACUUAGGCUCCCAAGUCACUUAUACACUUUUGAAAAUUUUAUUCUAAAUCUUGAAUUCCUUGCAAAUCCAAAACUUCUGUUGAUGUCAGUAGGCACUUUGCAUGCCCAAGUAAUGCAAGAUUCAAACCUAAGAUUCAACUGCUUGCCAGUCAUGCUGAAAUCAUGAAGGGCUCACAUUCAGCAUGUACAUUUUUUAAAUUAAAAUGAGCUUAUACACCAGAGGCCAAAUUCUGACCUUAUCUACGUACCCAGAAGUCAGUGGGAGCUACGUGCACUAGAAUGGAAACCAGAAUUUGUCUCCUUCAAAAUCCAGGCUUCGUUAGCCAAAUGUGUUGAUACACAUGCAGUGUGGUGUUUCUUUUUAAGCAUGCUCAGUGUUUGAUAUGCCCUGGUCCUACGAUGUGACCAUGCAUGGCUCACUUAGCAAGAUCAGGACUGGGAUUAAUAAGUCUAUAGUAAAACCUACUAUAGAAAUGUGUCAUUGGUAACAUAAAAGGGGAGGAAAAGAUCAUCCAGAAUGAAAUAGUUGUGUUAAAAUUAUGAACUGCAUUCCCUCUUGCCUCCUGUGAUCAGCUGAUGUUCUUAGUCAUAAGGCCCAAUCCAGGUUCCAUGGGAGUUUUGCUAUUAACUUCAGUGACCACAGAAGAGUGACAUUGGGAAGAGGACACUACUGCUAUAAAAAUAAGAGGCAAACUUGGGAGAAUGGAGAAUAUUUAUCUGCAUUUAAAGAAGGAAUAAAAAUGUUGAUGCUCACUUAUUCAUUCAUUGAGAGAGUCAGUUCAAAAACUGGAUAGAGUAAUCAAAUGCGAUGUAAAAUUAAAAUGGGAAUGCCAGUGAAUACCAAUAAUAAGCCAUUCUGAUGUUGAUUGCAUAUAUUAACAACACGGAGGGCCCACUCCAGCUCCAACUGACGUCAGUUGGUGUCAGAUUGGGCCAUUGUUUACAUCUCUGAAUGUCAGUAGAGAGGAUUUUGAUUAUUUACUCUAAUCAAGAGCCAUUGAUGCUUGCUAGUAGUUUGUAGAUUGCCUGAAUGAAAAAA